CAAUUUCUUUAUCAUUUCGGUGGCAAACUUAACAUAGUAUGGCCGUCGUCGGGAGGUAUUCACAGUUUUACUUCCACAAAGAAUACGCGAUAAACAUAUCACAGAGCGAACUAAGAAAAACUUUUUUAAAUAAAUUCUUCACGCGUGUGAGAUAAACAAUAAAUCUGGUGUUUACUUAGUUGAUAUUGAAUAACGCUUCGAGACCUAAUUUACGUUUUCGGUUUUCGCCAAGAUUUUUAGCAAAAUGUGGUUAGUUAGCCAGCCUAAUUCUGUGAUUUUGGAAGUUAAGGUGGACAACAACGCUAUUGGACAGCAACUAUUGGAAAGGGUAUGCGAGAAACUGGAAAUUGGCGCAGAAGCUGACUAUUUCGGCCUUAGCGUCAGCUCAGGAUCAGGGCCCGGAAGAUGGCUAAAUCUUCGGAAUCCUCUCGAUCCACACCGCAUCCCUGGGGGACGACUUGACUUGCGAGUCAAGUUCUGGGUGCCGCCACAUCUUUUGAUAAACGAACAGACGCGACACAUCUUCUAUCUCCAUGCUAAGUUAGAUCUCAUUGAGGGCAGAUUGGUCGUGGCAGACCAAGAAGUUGCCAGGCGACUGAUCGCUUACAUUGCUCAAGCUGAAACAGGAGACUGUGACCCUGAUAUGCCUCCACAUGUUUAUGAGAAGUGCGACAAAAUCGGACCGCAGGGUGAAAAGGCCGAAGAUCACGUGGAAAAGAUUAUAGAUUAUCAUUGCGAGAUAGCUGGAAUGAGAGCAUCCCAAGCCGAAUACAGACUUCUCAAAGAAAUAUCGAAAUUGGAAUCGUUCGGAGAAGAGUUGUUCUUUUGCAAACCAGUCACGCAGAGUAACAAUGCGCAUAAUCUGUACUGUCAUCUACUAUACCAUAAGCAACAGACAGAGGAGCCGAGGGCGAGGGAUGAGCAAGAGAUAGACGGGGGAGCGACUGUAGGGUGUCUGACAUCUGGGCAGAGCGGCGGCGGAUGCGGGUGCCGGCUGAGCACGUGCGUAGGGGUCGGACCCCAUGGCAUCGUAGUCUAUAGGCCGGCCUGUAAUGGAGAUCAAGAUAUUGGAGUCGAAAAGCAGAGCAUCCCAUACACGGCGAUUCACCGCGCUCAGCCACUCAGGCGCAUCUUCCAGCUAUCGUACGUGACGGACGAGGGCAACGAAGCAACGUUUCACGUGAAAAUGACGACGUCGGGACAGGCGGCUGCGCUGUACCGCGCUGUUACCGAGAAACACGCCUUCUUCUGCUGCGAAACUGUCCGAAGCGACGUCACUGAGCAAUUCAUAAGAGAUUUAAAGGGUACAAUAGCAUCGAUAUUCAACGACUCGACCACGCUAGGCCGCCGGUACGUGUUCGACAUCCGACGCACGUGUCGCGAAGUCCACGACAGAGCCAGACGAGAAGCUCACUCCAGGGUCGAGCACGAGCCACGCACCAGGAGACGCUCUGCCGGCGGGACUGGAGACACGGAGUCCCGCUCGCGUUCGCGAAGUGGUUCCGGGCUGGCCUGUCGCGUCUGUAUGGACUCGGCGAUCGAUACGCUGUUUCUGCCUUGCAGACACGUCGUUUGCUGCGAAAAUUGCGCUCCCAGAUGUAAUCGUUGUCCACUCUGCCGUGGCGAAAUAGAAAAGCUGAUGCACAUCUUUCUGCCAGUGGAAUAUCAGAAGAGUACUGGAGUUAUCAUUAAAUGAACUUAUGGCGCCUUCGACGACGAACCCCGUACGAAACGUUCAUUCCCCUCGAACUCGUUGGACGCCCGCCAUUUUGGAAGUGUCGACUUGCGACUGGCUUCAGACUAGAUCUGUUAGUGAUGGAGUUAAUGAGAUAUCAGUGACGCUAAUGUGGACGACUAGUGUGUGACUGUCUAGUCAUGAUUGACUAUUUUUUGCAUUUUUAUUUCGGAAUGAUUAUUGCCCAUUCCAGACGAUUUAUUAGGUUAAAUAAAAAUGACAAUAAAAACAAAUGCCACUUUUAUGGCCCUUUCAUAAUAAGGUACUGAGAGUUAUUAAUAGUUGAUUUCUAGUGUGUACCUAGUUAUAUUAUUGAUAAAAUAAAUAUAAAGAUUUCCUUCGUUUUAGAAGGUAUUU